CAACGGCAUAAGAUAAGAAGCAAGCUCGAGAAAUAUCCGAGCACAAGCACAGGGAUUCUUUGUAAAAUCUGGGGAACAGAAUAAAUUCUUAGCCGGAGUUUUCACCCGGCCUCACUCACCAUUAACGAAGAUGAUCCUUACACGGUUACCACUACGAUCCGCAAGGAAGCAAUUAGAUGCUUCGGCAUGUCUGCUCUGUCAAUGGCGUUCAUUUUCCACUACGUAUCGACGAUGGGACGAAAAGAAAGGGACACCAUCAACGGCGCCAGAAACCCCGUCAGUACUAGAUGAAGCUCCAAGAGCUUCGGGCAAGAAAGUUGAAGGCUUCACGCCCAAGCCUUUAGAUCGAGCGAUUGGACUUCCACAUCCCCCAAGAACAGGAGAGAAUAGUGGGAUAGAUACUAGGACACUGAAACAAAAAAGGGAUGAUUUCGUCAAUUGGGACAAACAUCUCGAAAAGCGCAAGCAAUUGUGAGGUUUAUCUGCCUUUAAUGGUUUGUGCAGGCCACUAAUAUAAAUAAAUCAGGACGGCGGCAAUGUCCAAACCAUAUUACAGAGAAUGGAGCAAUAUGAAAUAUCACAAGGGGAAAUCCUUCCUAGCACCACCUCGAAUCUUUAAAGCCGAUCGCGCGCUCUAUUUUCCAAACUUGACCGGUCGGACCUUGGAGCCAGACUCGACUCUAUAUGAAAAUACCACGCCCAUACUAGAGGGCAAGGUGUCGGUGGUGUCCGUGUUCAGUGGUGCAUGGGCAGAGAACCAGGCGGCUACCUUUGCGUCCGAAAAGAGCAAUCCGUAUUUACAUGAGGUAGUGAGAAAAAAUAAAGGAUUGGCACAAAUGGUACAUAUAAAUGUUGAGGAGAAUUACAUGAAAGCUAUGCUUAUCAAGCUCUUUCGGCCGAGUUUAAGGAGAAAGCUACCGGAGUGGAUGUGGAAGAGGUAUUUUGUAGUCCAGAAGGGCUUUACGGAUGAGAUGAAAGAAGCUAUAGGGCUAUUGAAUGGUAAGGUCGGGUACACAUACAUUCUAGAUGGAGAAUGUAAGAUUAGAUGGGUGGGAAGUGGCCCUGCCGAGGAAUAUGAGAAGGAUGUUUUGGUCAAGAGUGUUUCCCGACUCUUGGAUGAUGCUAAGGCAUCAUUUGCGCAGAAGAGACUUGAGCAAAGUGCACAGCAAUAUUGGGACACUGCUUCCGCAAAGAAGGGAAGUAAAGGUGCAGAAAAAGCUGACCGCCGAGCAUGAUAUUCCUGAAUAUACCCAUAAGUCAUUAUUAAACUGUACAAA